CAGGCAGCGAACAACCAUGUCGGCACUGGUAGCAGGUUAUGGGUCAAGUGAUGAGAGUGGUGAUGAGGCUGCUCCUGCUCUGAGGCAAGCCCAUGUGUCGUUGAUCCAGCCUGUGGUGGCAGCGCCUGAAGUUUCUACAGAGAACCCCAUGGAACUACAAAUGAUGAUUGCCAAACCGACGGAUACACAGAUCAUGGUGAACACCUCAUACAGCGACCUAUCACGGCCUGAGCAGGGUCCCACGAAUCCCUUCAACCAGAACUCGAGUAUCAAGCGGAAUGUUUUGACGGGUGCGGUGGAAGCGCAAACAAUUACGGACGCGAUGUUCAAUGCGCAACAACGGACCUAUAACACGUAUGGAUAUGCUCGAGAUCCGUCACUAAAUGCGCAGGGAUUUGUUGGGAAUCAGGCUCUUGCGCAGCAAUUUGAGGGUUCAGACAUCGUCGAGAGGAAGGUCAGCAAGGCUGGGCUUGCUGCACUCAAAGCAAAGAGGGAGAAGAAGGGCGAUGCUUCUGUAUUGGAAGGUGACAAUCGAUAUCUCGGUCCUUGGGCUGCAUACAACCAUGCGGAGGCCGCGGACGAGGAUGAGAUGGAUGAUGGAGAGUACGCGGAUGAGGCUAUGGCGCCUGAGAGUCAUCCCGUCAUUGUGCAAGAUCGGGACGCAGAUGUGUACAACACGUCUGCGGAGGAGAAGACGGAAUUUCUUGGAUCCGAAAUGUACGAUUACCAAGGGCGAACGUAUAUGCAUGUACCACAAGACCUGGAUGUCAACCUUCUCGGCGAACCUGGCGAGCAGGAAUGCUUUGUUCCUAAGAAACUUGUGCACACUUGGGAAGCACAUGCCAAGGCCGUAUCAGCUGUCAGGUUUUUCCCUCGAAGCGGGCAUCUUUUGCUGAGUUCUGGAAUGGACUCGCAGAUCAAGCUCUGGGAUGUUUAUCAUGAUAGGGAGCUUCUUCGAUCGUAUUCCGGUCACUCCAAGGCUGUGCGAGACGUCACUUUCAACAACGAUGGUCGACAAUUCCUGUCCGCUUCGUAUGACAAGAUGAUCAAGCUCUGGGAUACAGAAACCGGUCAAUGCAUCUCGAGAUUUACGACGGGCAAGAUCCCAUAUGUUGUCAAGUUCAAUCCAGAUCCCGCACUUCACCAUGAAUUCCUUACUGGUAUGUCUGACAAGAAGAUCGUACAAUUCGACAUCCGGUCUGGAGACGUCAUCCAAGAAUAUGACCACCAUCUUGGUCCAGUGAACACAAUCACUUUCUGUGACGAAAAUCGUCGAUUCAUUACUACGUCAGACGACAAGUCACUGCGAGCAUGGGAUUAUGGGAUUCCUGUCCCUAUCAAAUAUGUGGCAGAACCAUACAUGCACUCUAUGCCUGCCGUGGCGCUGCAUCCCAAUGGUAAGUACGUUGCUUGUCAGUCACUCGACAACAAUGUCUGUGUGUUCUCCGCUACAGACAGAUUCAAGGCCCAUCGCCGCAAGACAUUCAAGGGCCAUUCGUGCGCUGGCUACGCUAUCGAUGUUGGGUUUUCCCCUGAUGGAAAGUUCUUGUUUUCUGGUGAUAGUGGAGGGUAUGCUGUCUUCUGGGACUGGAAGACGUGCAAGAUGUGGAAGAAGUGGAAGGCUCAUGACAAGCCGUGUACUGUGCUGGCAAUGCACCCGCAGGAGACAAGUAAGUUGGUAACGGCAGGUUACGAUGGGCUGAUCAAGUAUUGGGAUUAG